ACACUCUCUCUCUCUCUCUCUCCUUCCUCGUGCUCGUGUGUGAAUAUCAGCUCCUCUAGCGUUCACCACGGCGUCUAAUCACCGAGCUCAGCCUCGGAGGCAACACUGUGGCACCCAAACCACCAUGGAGUAGUUCUUGAUUUUUCUUUGAUGGCUUGUGCAUCCUGGCUGGAGUGUAAGGAGACAGCAAUAGCGCGACCAUCAUCAACGUGACCGUGUUGGGAAAAUGGCCUCGGACAACAUGCAGCGUAGUUACUCCAUCAUACCGUGCUUCAUAUUUGUGGAGCUGGUCAUCAUGGCAGGCACGGUGCUGUUGGCCUACUACUUUGAGUGCACCGAUAUAUUCGGCAUCCACAUCCAGGGCUUCUUCUGCAACGACGCCGAGCUCAUGAAGCCCUACCCUGGAGUUGAGGAGAACAGCUUCAUCCCUCCGCUCAUUCUCUACUGCGUAGUGGCUGCAGUUCCCACCGCCGUCAUCUUCAUUGGUGAGAUCUCCAUGUACAUGAUGAAAUCCACAAGAGAGGCUCUCAUUGCCCAGGAGAAGAUGAUUGUUACUGGAGAAUGCUGCUACCUGAAUCCACUCAUUCGUAGGAUCAUCAGGUUUAUCGGUGUGUUUGCGUUUGGCCUGUUUGCGACAGACAUCUUUGUGAACGCCGGGCAGGUGGUGACGGGCAGCUUGGCACCGUACUUCCUCACCGUCUGCCAGCCCAAUUACACAGGCAACGAGUGCCGCCUUAACCACCAGUUCAUCUCCAACGGCAACAUCUGCACAGGGAACCGGGCGGUGGUGGAGCGAGCCAGGAGGUCCUUCCCGUCCAAAGACGCCUCGCUCAGCGUCUACUCAGCCGUCUAUGUCACUAUGUACAUCACGAGCACAAUCAGGACGAAGAGCAGUCGUCUGGCAAAGCCUGUGCUGUGUUUGGGGACGCUGUGUGCUGCCUUUCUCACCGGCCUGAAGCGGGUGUCAGAAUACCGUAAUCACUGCUCGGAUGUCGUCGCUGGCUUCAUCCUGGGAGCCUCCAUCGCUCUGUUUUUGGGACUGUGUGUGGUGAAUAACUUUAAAGGUGCUCACUCGACUCCUACCAAACGGAAGACGGAGGAAUACCGCGGCCUCCCGCUCAUGACGUUCCCCCGUGUGGAGAGCCCACUGGAGACCCUCAGCGCACAGAACCAUUCAGCAUCCAUGACUGAAGUGACUUGACUAAGGGGCCGGCACAGAGUCACCUUCACUUCACCUCAACACUUCUAGGCACAAGAUGUUUUUGUACUGUCGCAUACUGUAAAAAAAAAAAGAAAAGAAAAAAAAAGAAAAAAAAGACAAGAAAUCAAAGAAAAUAGUAUUAUGUUGGACCAAGUUAGAGGCAAAUGUUUUGUACAUUUUGUAAAACACAGUGCUGUAGCUUAUCCUUCUGUUUUUUUUCUGAUUCCACAUCAGGAGUUACACUUUCCUCGUCAUGUUCUACAUCACAAAGUCAAAUCAAGUCUAUAUAUGAUGUUACUCAACUAUUGAUGUUAUGUGGUAUUUGUACAAAGAAUUACUUUAUUCUUAUUUUUUCCUGUCAAUUUUUUGACAAAGAUCAUCUUUUUUGUAUUAUUUUUAUCUGUAUAAAGCAUUUUGAUCAACAUUGCCUGCUGUUUCUCCAGGAAUGUUUUUGGUAUUCUUAUUUUUUUUGAUGUAAUAUAAAGAUACACAAUGAGUUGUGAAAAGCAGUUUUUUUUCCUAAUGGCAUCUUUAAAGUGUCAUUACCACUGCAUGAAAGUACACAGGCAUUUGACGACGUUUCAUUCUUGUGUAUUGUUUUCCUUUUAAGGUUUCUUUUGAAAUGCCAAAUAUAUUUUUUUGAUUUGUCUGUCAAAUAAAUAGUCUGUAGUUGAAA